AGGGGAGGGAACCCCGUGCCCAAAUGCACAAAUAGCAACAAAAGUAAUUAUGGUUUUGCACGCAGAAUGAAUCCACUUUGAAACCGCUACCGUGUUCGUCAUGCCCCGUAUUCAGUUGGUUGUCUGCGGGUCCUAAGUGAUACGUCACGUGAAGGUGCGGUUUACGUAGCGCAACUCCCCAAAUAGCCCAUAUUUGUCAGGUUAGUGCACUGAAACACAAAUAUUUCGGGAGCAGCUAUGUUUAGAUACUGUAACUUUUUUAAUUUGUUUUUCAUAGUUUUGGAGUAGAAGUCAUUUUUCCACCUAGAGAUGGAGCACGCACUUCUUCAGGCGGAUCAUUCUGCGGUCAAAAACCCUAGUGAGUUGUUGGCAGCUCUGAUGUGGUGCAGCUGCAACAGCCUCGAUCUAAAACCGCUGGACAGGAGCCGAGAGCAGGUUACACAUAUCCAAAUAUGCGCGUAAUUGGAGUGCAGUGGCGAGGCGUCCCUUGCAUCCCUGCCGAGAUAACGUUGUCGUGAUGUUCAAUACUUCGGGAAUUGAGCUCACUUUUAAUAAGAAAGAGGAUAUUUCCGAAGUUAGCAAUGGCACUCUGCAGCUUAUGUACAACGUCCUCGUCACCAUCAGCCCCACAACCAUGUGGAACGAGUCGUGCGGAGAGCAGCUGCUGGAUUUCGGGCGCCCGGAGAAGAUCAUCAUCGGGGUGAUGUUGGCGAUCAUCACGGCGGUUACCGUUAUGGGAAACACGCUGGUGGUGAUCGCAGUGUGUGUGGUGAAGAAACUAAGGCAACCUUCAAACUACCUUCUUGUAUCCCUAGCAGUGGCGGACCUGUCAGUGGCCAUAGUAGUGAUGCCUUUUGUAAUAGUGACAGACCUCACCGGGGGCAAGUGGCUUUUUGGGGAAGUGUUCUGCAACAUCUUCAUCGGCAUGGAUGUCAUGUGCUGCACCGCCUCCAUCAUGACCCUGUGUGUUAUCAGCGUCGAUAGAUAUCUGGGGAUCACGCGGCCCCUUACCUACCCAGCCCGGCAGAACGGUCAGCUGAUGGCGAAGAUGAUCCUGGGAGUGUGGCUGGUAUCAGCAUCCAUCACCCUGCCACCUUUCUGCGGCUGGGCCAAAAACGUCCACACAGCCGGUGUGUGCCUCAUUAGCCAAGACUUUGGCUACACCAUCUAUUCCACAGCUGUAGCCUUCUACAUCCCUAUGCUGGUCAUGCUGGUUAUGUACUAUAAGAUCUUUAAGGCAGCGCGCAAGAGUGGCGCCAAGCAUCGCUUCACUGACCUUUCGCGACGCGAGCGGCUUGAAACUGUGGCUAAUGAGGCACUGCGAAUGCAGGGACUGAAGCCACCUGGUGUGGCGGAGGAGUGUGCCGCCCUGUCCCGCCUGCUGAACCGAGAACGCAGAAACAUCUCCAUCUUCAAACGGGAGCAGAAAGCAGCUACAACACUGGGGGUGAUCGUGGGGGUCUUUGCUGUGUGCUGGCUGCCGUUCUUCAUCCUGUCCACUGCCAGGCCCUUUAUCUGUGGAGUGGAGUGUAGCUGUGUGCCCAUCUGGCUGGAGCGCACGCUGCUCUGGUUAGGCUACGCCAACUCCCUAAUGAACCCCUUCAUUUACGCCUUCUUCAACCGAGACCUGCGAUCCACUUACCGUGACCUUCUCCGCUGCCGUUAUCGCAACAUCAACCGUCGGCUGUCUGCUGUGGGCGUGCAUGAGGCUCUCAAGGUUUAAAGCAGGGUACUUUAAAGAUUAUAUUGGCUCUCAAAAAGUUGGGUAUGGUGGCCCCUGUGCUUGUACACUUGGUGCUUAAAGGGCGACGUGCACACAGCAGGACUGUAGAUAAGACAAAGACUGACAGAAUGGGAGUCACUGUUGGUGGCUCUCUGGCCCCCGCGCAAAGGCAGAGAGACAGCACAAUCACUUCAGUGUGUGUGUGACUCAGUGAUUCUAUUUUGGGAAAGAAAAUCAUUGAGCGUACUUGAUGGGCUAUUCAAGUCGACAUGCUUUUGUGCAUAUGCCACAAUUCCGUCCUAGCUCCGGAUUUAUGGUAGGAUAAUGCAGUGACAAAGGAAAUGACAUGUAAACACAUCAAUCAUCCCAGAGCUUUCAAAGGGAACAGAAAGAAGCAGAUUUCUGUAUAUUAACAAAAUUGAUGUUUGAUAAGGAAAAAAAAACAUUUGUUUUGUGGCAGAAUGCCUGCUGAACAUCUUCACUGAAACAUGCAUUUCAGCACAUCCCAUAUUAAUUUCAAACAGAAAAUGAACACUUUGAGAUGCAUUGUGCUUUGUGCCAGGAUUGGAUUUACUUAAAUUAAUCACUAGUCAUAGCGUGCAAUUUGGUCCUCUCACUAAGUUUAAUGGGAGCACCUUAAAUGUUUCACAAGCGUUGGAAAUGUGGAGAUGCCAAGGGAAUGAAGGUGGGUGGUGUUAAAAUGCAACAUGAAGGGAACAUUUUCCAUUCAUGAAAUCUCAGUGUUUGUUGCUAUAAAAGAAACUGAAAGUAGUUUGGUUUAGUUUUUGCAUGAAACACACUUGUCUUACAUGCCACUGUAUACAUGAAACAAGAGAUUUUGAAUAAUGAAUGACGAUUUGACAGACGUGUUUCCAUGUUUCACCCCAAACACUAUCUCACACUUGAAUUUAAAAUGAGCUCAAUGCUGUAUGUGUAGGAAACCAUGAUACUGUGGACUUUUAUUCAUAAGUUUCAUUCCACAUUUGGCUGCUGAACUUAUUGGUUUUCUACAGUUACCUAAACCUGUUGAACUCUGCAGUUUCACUUUAAGAAUUUACAUGUUCUUGAGACUAUUUUGCUCCACUGGUUGUCAUCAGCGUCCCUUUUAAAUCAUGAUGUGGUCACUUCUGACUCCCAUUUAAACUCUUUGGUGACCUGUAUGAUCCCAUGUCAAAUAUCAUUUGAGCAGUGUGUGCUUUUUCUACCUCGAUUUUUGGGAAUACUGUACAUUUCCUCUAAACAGAUGUACCGCUGUCUUGCAUCAUUUUGUAAUUAACUGCUAUUUUAUAUUGUGUAAGAUCGAUCUGUGUACAACUGCUCUGUUAUGGCUCUGUUUGACCGCGUUGUCAUUGCCUUCAGAAACAAGCUGGGGAAGUGGCGAUGCAUUUCAUCACUUUGUAAAUAAAGAAACACUUGGUUAAAAUGUCA